UAAAUAUUACUUUCAAUACAAAUGAGUUCAGUAAAGCUACCAGUGUCAUGCAGGGCGCUUGGCCUGGGCUGAGUUGAUCACGGUCAUCUGUGUACGAUGAUCAAGGGUCCUGACGUGAUGGUUGAUCACGACUCACCACGGCCAGGUGUGUAAGUGUCAUUGUGAGGCCCUGAUUGACGAACUGAUUGUGCCAGACCGUGCAACGUCGUUACAAUGGCGGCUUCAGUUACAAUCACACUUGACGAUGUCGUCCUCGACAGUAGCUCGACAGACGAGAGUGCUAGAGUCAGGGGAAGCUCAUGGACAGGUGAUCGUGUGGAGAGUACUGGGAGGAAUGAAGUAAAAACUUUCACAAAAGAAGGAAACGCUGUGUCUCACAGCUAUAUUCCGUCGUCCGCAUCCUUGCAACAGUCUUCCAGCAAUGUUGUUGGGCAGGAUGCCAGUGCUCAAACAUCUACCAGACACGACAGUACACCUCUUUUGGAUGAACAGUCACUUUUGCUGGCCUCAACACUGGUGCUGGAUGCAAAAUCAGGCCGAAACCUCACCUUCCGCACCGAGGAGAAGUACAUCAAGUCAUAUGUUCUCUAUCACAAGUUCUACCUGCGGUACCUUCUGUACUUCUUCAUUAUACUUGAUUUGUUCCUUGCUUUGUUUGAGAAACCUGCAGUUCCUGAUGCUGAAAUGCCAUACUGGGCAACAAUAAUCCUGGAAUUACUGUGUCUGACCUUCUUUUUGCUACGUGUGCUGCAUGCCAAGCAUUUCCAAGAUGGCAAGAUUUUCUGGCGAGACACCAAGAACUAUAUGGUCAUUGGUACCAUUUUACUGACCUUCAUCGAUAUAGUGUGUUACAUUUUCUGGCAAAAGCUGGCCCCAGACAAGCACCCUGUGAGAUGGUCGCGCCCUCUAAGACCUCUUUUUAUUAUCAACUUCUCUGAUGGAAAACAGAUUCGCAGGGCAUUUCGAAAUAUUCGCCGGACUGUUCCUGACAUCAUGAACAUUCUGGUGUUGUUUAUCUUGACUGUGUUUAUGUUUGCACUGCUUGCACUGAAACUUUUCCUCAAGCGGACAAACUUGGUGUAUCCAGAUGGUGAAUCAUAUUUCAAGAACUAUGGAGAUGCACUGUGGGAUUUGUACGUGCUAGUCACAACUGCAAACAACCCUGAUGUAAUGAUGCCAGCUUAUGACAGCAGUCCAUGGUUUGCAGUUUUUUUUAUUAUCUACCUGAUUCUAUGCCUCUACAUCUUUAUGAGCAUUGUGCUUGCUGCAAUUUACAACAAUUACAAGAAAAAUUUAAGGAAUGAAAUUCGCACAGCUGUAUACAGUAAGCGACAAAAGCUUAGCAGGGCUUUUGACAUCAUCAAAGUGAAUGUGAAUGGGAGGGCAGCAGUAACUGCCAAUCGGUGGCAGCAGCUCAUGCAAGUAGUCAAGCCCAGCAAGAGCAAUGCCCACAUUGAGCUUCUUGGAAAAGUGUUGGACACUAAUGGAGAUGAUUGCAUCUAUAAAGAAGACUUUAUGAAUCUGACUGACCUUCUCAAUGUUAAACUGACCGAGGUCAUAGAUCGCCAAACUUUUCUUGAAAAAAAAAUUCCUGGUGUCUAUAAUUCUUGGCUCAGCAACUGGGUAAAGCGCAUUGUCAGGCACAGGGUUUUUCGAUAUGCGUUCGACCUCCUGAUUUUCAUCAAUGCUUUUAUCAUUGGGUUUGAUGUCGAUGAAGCAGACUGGUUUUUCUUGGUGGCAUUCAUGCUGGAAAUCCUGGUAAAGCUGUAUGUCUUUGGCCUAGAGCAAUUCUCUUCGUCUUGGAACGUGUUUGACUUCUUUGUCAUUGGUGCUGCAUUGAUUGUGAUGAUCAUCGAACGGGCAGUUGGGGAGACACAAAAAGAAUUAAGCACUCUUGAUAUUUUGCUGGUGUUGCGAGUUCUCAGGCUGUUUAAACUAUUUGGUAGCAUAAAAAGAUUCAAGGUGGUCAUCCUAACCAUUGUCAACAUUGGUCCCUCCAUCAUAACAUAUGGGGGAGUGAUAUUUGUUUUCUACUAUUUCUUUGCCAUAAUUGGCAUGGAACUGUUCCAAGGGUUGAUUAGUUAUCACGCAUACAAUGAGACUGCUACUGCAAAAGAAAACCUUUGGUGUGGCAACCCACUACUGCAGAACUCCACAUUUUACAGCCUGCGAUACUGCGGCAACAAUUUCAACAACAUCCUCCGCUCUUUUGUUCUGCUUUUUGAGCUGACUGUUGUCAAUCAGUGGCAUGUCCUGUCAUCAGGAUUUGUGCAAGUGACCAGCAAAUCAGCCCGACUGUAUUUCUUCUCAUUCCAUGUGUGCUGUGUGGUAAUAGUGCUCAACAUCUUCACGGCCUUUAUCCUGGAAGCAUUCAUACUGGAGUACUCCCUGCAUGAUGCUCCAAAACUAGAAUCAAUAGUAGAGGCAAAGAUCAAACAGUUGGGCCUGGGACUUGGAAUGCAACAAACACCUUUGAAGAAAACAAAGAAUGACAAGAUAGAGCUGGUAGAAGAAGAACAGCCACCAGGAUGUAAAGAAGAGGCAGAGGAGAACUCAGAUUCUGACAACGAGAGCAUUCCAGACACCUCAGAAGAGAAAGGACUUCGUUUUCAUCUCAGGAGAAGAAAUCGGAAGAAGGUAGAGGUACUACUGCAACAGAUGUUCCAAGCCGAGAUUGCUGCUGAUGACAUUGGGCCGGAACAACUGACGGAAAACACUGAAGUCUCUACACUGCCAAGAAAGCUCACUUUUGAAUCCAUAUGAUAAAGACGAAGAUGAAGAAAAGCACCUUCCAAGUGUUUUAGAAACAGCAAUACCAAGCUUUUCAAUACAAUGUGGAUGUCUUGGCACAAUAGCUUCUGCCACAAUGCCUGUGCAGUUUCACAGGUGGGAUGCAAUCCACUUAUGGUGAUGUUCUGGAAAUGAAUGUUAUGCUUGGGCAGUAUUUAGCUGCUGAAAGAUUUUUCUUGUUCUGUACUUGACCUUCAAGAGGUGUAUGUGUAGAAAGAGUGUAACAAUCUUAUUUGAUAGGUAAGUAGCACCUUGGUCAGGUACUCUUUAUGUGAGGACGAUGGAGUUAAAAACUGGGUAUAAAAACAUAUCAAACAGGUUUUAUAAAAAUGUAUGCACCAUGUGAUAAGCUGCUAUCAGUAUUAUAAUUUUGGCGUGAAAGAAGAAAUGAGGGUCCGUGAGUAAGUAGUAGUGUGAAAAUUUAAAUUUUGUUCUGGUUUGAACUCAUAUCCAUGGAGAUUAACAAUAUGCCUUUCACAGACUCACCACAGAUGUCAAAAUGUGAUUAAAAUAUAGUGCACGAGAGCAUUUUUUUAAGUGUUAAACAUUAUCUUUAACAGACUGAGUACUAUUCUGUGAAAAAGAUGCUCUUUUGUGUUGGAAAACAUCUAUUCUUGGAAAAAUGUGAGUUUCUGAUGUUACAGGCAAGUAUGACAGCUAUGUAGGCAGGAGUACUAAGUAUUGGACAACCAGAACAGAUUUUUAAAGCAAUGUUUUUAUAUGUGAUUAAUUGCUUAACUCAUUCAGUAUGGACAAAUUGAUGCAGUUGAGCUUUAGCUAUGAAGACAUUCAUAUUAACAGUUAAGCUUAUAUAUCUGCACUGUUUUAGCCCUAAAAGGAUUGUUUAUUUUCACUGCUCACCAAAAAUAACUUGUUUUUCUCAAAAAGUAUUUGUCUUUUUUUAAAUGUCAGCAAUAAUUUUCUGUAACAGUUUAUCUUAAAAAUUCUAAUUAUUACCUAAAUUUGUUUAUAUUUUACAUAUAAGCAAAUGUAUUAAAAUUAUCUAGUCACCAUACAAAUAUUAAUAUCACUCUUUACCUACUGGCACAAAAGAAUUUCAACUGCUCAAAUUAUGAGUAUUCUUUUGGGCCCUAUAAUAAUGUCAGAACUUACAGAAAAUGUAUCUUUUAUUUUCAUUUUAAAUAUUUAAUAAUACAUCUUUGUAAGAAACUUUAUGCAAUGUUUAUCUCAAUACUUCUGUAUUAAAUGCAGAAGUGUA